CGAGACUGUCACUUCGCUGCAGGCCGUCGGGCCACCGCGGUGUUGGGGGCUGGAGCGCGGCUGGUGGGUCCGUUUUUCUAGGAGGUUCUGGAGACCGGAGGCGAGGGCCGAAGGAAGACGUGGGCUCAGGGCCCGCUCCGCAAGCGCUGUGCUUGCGGGCCGACGGCCACGCCCCCCAGCCUUGGUUUCUCCGGUGUCGCGUGGGCCCCCUGGGGCCUUCGGGCGGCUCCCGGACCCACGUGCUCUCCGGCCUCCGUGGCGUCGCGGAGGCGGUACCUUGGGCAUCUGUGCCCUUGACGGACUCGGAGACUGAGGCCAGGAGUAGGGGCGCCCGGCUCGGCUGCCGCAAGCGCAGAUUCCGAUGGCGGCGGCGGCGCAGGGCCUGAUUGUCUUUGAGGACGUGGCCGUGUACUUCUCCCGGGAAGAGUGGGGGCUCUUGGACGCAGCCCAGCGGGCCCUGUACCGCCACGUGAUGCUAGAGAACUUUGCACUGGUGGCCUCACUGGGACUCUCCGCCUCCCGACCUCGUAUAGUCAUCCAGCUAGAGUGUGGUGAGGAGCCCUGGCUUCUCAGUGGGUCAGAUGUGACCCUGGCCAGGAAUGCCCAGAGGAGGCCCAGCCCUGGUUCCCAAUGUCUGGCAGAGGGCAGAGAUGUUUCUGGGGAAGCAGCAUGGCCAAGAACCUUCCAGGAUAGGCUCCCUCCGAUGCCUGCCAGGGUCUUCCCCACCACUGCUGCCUGUGAACCUGAAAAAUGCCCGGAGGCUUGGCAGGGCAUUUCCUCAUCUCAGGAGAGAAAACCCACGGGGGUCUCCGUGAUCUACUGGGAAAGGCUCCUGCUACGCCCGGGCAGUGGUGAGGCCAGCAUCAGCCUGCGGCUGACCUCCCCACUGCGGGCUCCUCUGGGCAGCCCACCCACAGAGAAAGCCCUCACAGACCAUGCAGAGCCAGGCAAGCAGCUGAGGGCCUCCGAGCUUCAGAAACCCCCUGGGAGAACCUUCCUGAGUGUCCCAGACCUUGAGGCCAGUCACACUGUGGGGCAACUAGGAAUGGGGAUGGCUUGGCAGGAACCUCAGAGACUCCCUGCCUGCCAGGAGCCCCCAACCUGGGAUGAGCUAGGCGAGGCCCUCCAUGGUAGCCCUGGCCUGCUCCCCGGGGAGAAGACCUUCGAAUGCAGGGCAUGCAACAAGGUGUUCGUGAAGAGCUCUGACCUCCUCAAGCACCUGCGCACACACACCGGGGAGCGACCCUAUGAGUGCACACAGUGUGGCAAGGCCUUCAGCCAGACGUCGCACCUGACACAGCACCAGCGCAUCCAUAGUGGUGAGACCCCCUAUGCGUGCCUGGCCUGCGGCAAGGCCUUCAGGCACAGCUCCUCACUGGUGCGGCACCAGCGCAUCCAUACCGCCGAAAAGGCCUUUCGCUGCAGCGAGUGCGGCAAGGCCUUCAGCCAUGGCUCCAACCUCAGCCAGCACCGCAAGAUCCAUGCGGGUGGGCGGCCCUAUGCUUGUGCGAGGUGUGGCCGCCGCUUCUGCCGCAACUCCCAUCUGAUCCAGCACGAGCGCACACACACGGGUGAGAAGCCAUAUGCCUGCACACUCUGUGGAGCCGCCUUUAGCCAGGGCUCCUCCCUCUUCAAGCACCAGCGGGUACACACUGGUGAGAAGCCCUUCACCUGCACACAGUGUGGUCGCGCCUUCAGCCACAGCUCCAACCUCACGCAGCACCAGCUGCUGCACACGGGCGAGCGGCCCUACCGCUGUGGUGACUGUGGCAAGGCCUUUGCCAAAGGCGCCGUGCUGCUCAGCCACCGGCGCAUCCACACGGGAGAGAAGCCGUUUGUGUGCUCGCAGUGCGGCCGCGCCUUCCGCGAGCGCCCGGCCCUCUUCCACCACCAGAGGAUCCACACCGGUGAGAAGCCAGUGCGGAGGCGCAGAACCAGGCCUCCUUCAGGGGCCUCAUCAGAGAGCGCCCCAGGGGACCCACCCACUUCUGCCUCAGGCCCAGCAGCAGCAGAGCUGCCAAAGCCACCAAAGCCGGCUGAGGCCUAGGUCCCAGCUCCGCCCUUUCUUACCUGUAACGAGCCCCUUCCAAGGCUGAAGGCUGAAUCCUAAGCAAAUCCACUCUGGAGAAGCCUUGUGUGUGCUCUGAAGUUCACAUGGUGACAUCUGCCACUUCAGCCACAACUGCCUCUUCCAUCCCUCAGAGGUCUCAUUGCAGAACAGUCAGGAAGAUGGACAUGGAGGCUGGGACUUGGUGGGGCUGAGUGGUGGCUGUCAGAGGCAGGGGAGGCUGGCAUCGUGGUGCCCCUUGUCGCAUGUUAUGACUGGACACUUAGGGGAGGAGGGGAGUGCCGGGAUGGGGGUGGAGGUGGUCCAGAGGAAUUUGUGAUGUCCACACCCAAAAUGUCUGGUUCACAAACACUCAGGA